AUGAAUCAAAAAAUCGCAUUUACUACUAUCUUGGUUGCGUUUUCCGUACUCUUUAUUUGCUUUACGAAUGCUUCUCCAAUUGGAUUGUCACCUCGUUCACCCGGUAGCGUCGCAUACGUUGAUUUCACGAAACCCAUCCUUGGUAGAGUCACUUUUACUGAACUUCGGGGCCAAAUCGUCAGAGUAACCGGACAAUUUAAUACAGGAUUCCCUGAUAGCACUAGCAAAUAUGAAUAUCAAAUUACUGGCGAUGAUAAGGAAGUAAUUGAUAGCGACAUCAUUUAUCCACCUGGAACUGCACCAUUUCAAUUUGAUUUCAAAAAUAUAACCAUCCAAUUUUUUGUCGGGAAAAAUCUUACAAUCUUCCGUAACAGUAAAGUUCUUGAAACGGAACCUAUCAAACUAGUUGGAUAA